UGGGGAACUCUUUGAACACAUAAGCAUGGAAAAUGUCUACAAAAAAGUGAAGGUGGGGUGGAGUGGAGUUACUGUUUGUUGGUGCUUGUGUGUGUUUUUUUGCUACAGCAAAUGAAUCUAUGAAAUGAGGUGUUGAUCAUUCCUCGAAUCUCUCUCGUUCUUCUCUUGCCAUCUAAUUCUCUAUUUUGGAUUCAUUUUUUUUUUCUUUUCGAAUUUCACAUCCCAUUAGCUCACAACUCUCUCUCUCUCUCUCUAUAUAUAUAUAUCUAAAUAAGUGGAUCUUGGUUUCAUCUAUUCUUCACUGAUCAAAAAAUAGGGCUUCUCGGACUUUCUUGAUUUUUCUAUCUGGUUCUUCUAAACCAUAAAAACAAAACAAGAAUAUCAAACCUUUUUUGGGUUCUUGAAUUCACAUUGUUCUCAUUUUGUUUGCCCGUCAAAAAAAUUUCAGCUGGUUUUAUUUACAUUUGUGUUUGUCAGUACAAUUUGGGUUUGGAAUUUUUUGACUUAUUUUCUUAGUUUUUUCUUCUUCUGAUAUUAAAAAGUAUAUUCUUCCAAGAGCAGAAAUCCGGGCUCUUGGAUAUCAUCAUAAGCUUUUGAGGGACUGAUCACUUGUUGCAGCAGUAGUGCGUUGCAUUUCCUUCUACAGUCUUCUGAGGCAAUGAGCAUGACAAGUGAAAGCAAUGAAAGGAGUAUGCCCAAGAAUGGUGUAGAUUCACCAGCUGCUGAUGAUGCUAACAGUGGAGGAUAUGUAGGUGGGCAUGGUCCUUUGAAGAAAGGUCCCUGGACUUCUGCAGAGGAUGCAAUUUUGGUUGAAUAUGUCACCAAACAUGGGGAGGGAAACUGGAAUGCAGUUCAGAAGCAUUCAGGGCUUGCCCGCUGUGGAAAAAGUUGUCGCUUGAGGUGGGCAAAUCACCUUAGACCAGAUCUGAAGAAAGGUGCAUUUAGUCCGGAGGAGGAGCGUCUUAUCAUUGAACUUCAUGCCAAGAUGGGAAAUAAAUGGGCUCGAAUGGCUGCUGAGUUGCCUGGCCGCACAGAUAACGAGAUAAAAAACUAUUGGAACACUAGAAUCAAGAGAAGACAGCGUGCAGGCUUACCUAUCUAUCCACCUGAUAUCAGUUUAAGGCCGUCAAAAGAGAACCAACAAAGUGAUGAUAUAAGUAGUUUCUCAUCUGGGGAUUCACAUUAUCCAGACUUCAUGCCUGUAAACAACUUUGAGAUUCCAGCUGUCGAAUUCAAGAACUUGGAACUGAAUCAGCAGUUGUAUCCACCAGCACUUCUUGAUAUUCCAGCUACUGGCUUGCUUGAUGUUCCUGCAAGUAGCCUGCUGGCACAAGGUCUUCCCCCUUCUUACCCAAAUAAGUCUUUGCUCUCAACAAUUCAUCCAUCCAAGCGGCUUCGAGGGUCAGAACCAUUGUUCCCAGGUUUGUGUGCCACAAUGGGCAAUUCCAUCCCAGGCAGGAGUCAAUAUCAAAAUGAUGGUCCUAUGCAGAUUGCUCAAUCUUUUAUAAACUCUUCUGCAUAUGACCAUACAUCAUUUUCAAGUGUUCUUUCUGGCAGCCAUGCCAUUCUAAAUGGCAAUCCUUCUUCUUCGGAGCCUGAUUGGGCAAUGAAGUUGGAGCUCCCUUCACUCCAAACUCAAGUCGGCGGUUGGGGAUCACCCUCUUCCCCAUUGCCUAACCUUGAGUCUGUUGAUACUUUGAUCCAAACACCUCCAACUGAACAUACUCUGUCAUACGAUCAUCCACCCAGAAACAGUGGCCUAUUGGAUGCUGUACUGUAUGAAUCACAAACUAUGAAACAGCCAAAGUACAGCUCACAUCUGGCAGAUAUGCUCGUCGAUAUAAUGGAUACUUCAUCUCAAUAUUUCCACGAGACGGACUGGGAAGCAUAUGGCGAGUCAACCACUCCUUUAGGUCAUUCUUCUUCGUCAAUAUUCAGUGAGAGUACACCCACCAAUGGGAAUUCAUUUGAUGAACCCCAAUCUGUAGAGACAAUACCAGGAUGUAAACUUGAAGAAACCAUGCAAUCUGACAAUAAGGCCGAGACAACAAACAAUAUGAUCUUCAGCAGGCCAGAUCUGUUGCCUGCCUCUGAUUGUUAUAGUCUGAGCGAAGGACCCACCAUGGACCAUUCCUUGUUGAAAGAUGCUAUAGGGACCCUUCUGGUUGAUGAUCUGAGUAGGGAUUGCAAGCAAACGGAAACUUCCGCUACUUCAGCACCUCAAUGUUGUGGGCAUGAUUCUUGUGCUUGGAAUGCGAUGUCUACCGUCUAAUCAUUUUCACAUCAUGGAAUGAACGAUCAAACUUGAAUUGCCUUUGGGCACAACCUUUAUUCAACAUGGUUUCUUGUGCUGCAAAAGGUUCUCUAGGCUGUGUCUAGAAUACUAGGAAGCAAUGGGCUUAAUAAAUUGUGAACAAAUCCUGAUACUUGGUUGGGAUGUAUAGGCAAACUGACAUUUGCACAUUUUGUAUGUGUUGCGAGAGAGUCGCAUGCCUUUUUUUAGUUGGCGGAAUUUUAUCUUUGGUUUUGUAUUGAUGCCGAAGUUCACAAUUCAAGAUGUGAUGGUUGUUCAACAU